GUGCCUGCCGGCCUCGGACUACGCGCUCCCCGGCCGCCCUAAGGACUACAACUCCCGGCGUGCUCCGCGGCCAGGGCCGGCGGGCCCGGAUCCGGAAGCGGACGCGGCUUACUGCUCCGGUGGCCGAGCGCGGGGAAGAUGGCCACGGGGACAGACCAGGUGGUGGGAUUCGGCCUCGUCGCUGUCAGCCUGAUCAUCUUCACCUACUACACCGCCUGGGUGAUUCUCUUGCCUUUCAUCGACAGCCAGCAUGUCAUCCACAAGUACUUCCUGCCCCGCGCCUACGCCGUAGCCAUCCCCUUGGUUGCCGGCCUCCUCCUCCUCCUGUGCGUGGGCCUGUUCAUCUCCUACGUGAUGCUGAAGAGCCAGCAGGGGACCAAGAAGACCCAGUGACCACCGGCAGGUGUGGGCGGCCCGGUCCCCCCUCCGCCUCCUGGCAGGACCCCUCACAGCUGGCUGCCCGCCAGACAUUCCCCGGGAUGCAGCGGUUCAGGACUGGCCGGCCAGCCGGCCGCAUGCCCUGCUCACCCGGGGGCUGGCACAGGGAAGACCCAGAAGUACUUCCUGUCACCCCUUCUGGCUCAGGGCCUGGACGGGGCUGCUCCUCCCCCCCCUCACCUUCCGACUCUCCGUGACCUUCAUCUCCGGGUUUGACCCUCCUGCCUCAGUUUCCCGUCCGAGGCUGACGUGGCACCUGGCAGGUUCUGAGGGGCAGCUGCUCCCCACUUGGCCAAAGGGGCAGCUUCGCCGGACCCCACAAGGAUUCCUGGACCUGGAGAGCCCAUGGGGGCAAGGACUGGCCCAUCACAUCCAGGCCCAAGGCCACAGGAGGGCGCCUCAUGGCAGGCGGGGGUGCCCCCUCCCCCACAGCUCCCGUACUGACGCCUGCCAGGCCUGCCGGGACCACCGGAACAAUAAACAUCACCUCCUGGG